GCUCGGUUUCACGAAAGCCGUUAAAUCCCGGCGUCGCCUUCUUGUUCUGGUCAUUCCGAACUUCCUAAGAGCAGCUGAAAUAAACACGGGGAAGCAGAAGAGAGCUCAGAACUGAACGGAGCUUUUUACCGGUAGCUCUUCGAGAAGGAUGCCGUCUCAGCUACUAACAGCAACAUUCGAUAAGCUCCGGCGAUAGGAUGGUCUCGCUCCGGUCGCAGUCUCAAUCAUUCUUCAAUGCUCAGGUACUCUACCAUCCGUUCACCUCCUACCGCGCCUUCAUUUUUCCUCUCUCGCCUCCGCCGCCGGCGCUCAAUCCACUGGAAGCCCCGCCACGAAUCCAAGCUCUCCCACCCUGAACUUGUCGACCGAAUCUCCCGCCUCCUCGUCCUCGACCGCCGCGCCGCCCUCGACGGCCUCAAAUUCGACUUCUCCGGCGACCUCCUCGACUCUGUUCUCCUGAAGCUCAGGCUCAAUGCCGGCGCCUGCUUGAGAUUCUUCAAAUCGGCCGCGACGCAGCCUAAUUUCAGACCCGACGUCAAGUCCUAUUGCAAGCUGGUUCACAUCCUGUCGCGUGCGCGUAUGUACGACGAGACCAGAUCGUAUUUGACAGAAUUGGUUGGGUUGUGCGAUAAUAAUUAUUCUUCUAGGCUCGUGUGGGAUGAGCUAUUUGCGUUCUAUCGGGAGUUCGGAUUCUCGCCUACUGUGUUCGAUAUGAUACUUAAGGUGUAUGCGGAGAAAGGAAAGGUGGAGCAUGCACUCCAGGUGUUUGAUAAUAUGCUCAAGUACGGUAGAGUGCCGAGCUUGAGGUCGUGUAACAGCUUAUUGAGUAAUCUUGUUAGGAAAGGACAGAGUUACUCUGCUGUGCUUGUCUAUGAUCAAAUGACGAGGCGGGAGAUUGUCCCGGAUGUCUUCACUUGCUCGAUUAUGGUGAAUGCGUAUUGCAAGCAGGGGAGGCUGGACAGAGCCGUGGAGUUUGUUAAAGAGAUGGAGCAUUCAGGUUUUGAGGUGAAUGUAGUGGCGUACAAUAGCUUGAUUGAUGGGUAUGUUAGUGCCGGAGAUAUGGAAGGAGCCAAUGGGGUAUUGGAGAUCAUGAAAGAGAAGGGUGUUUUAAGAAAUGAGGUUACAUUUACUUUGUUAAUUAAGGGCUAUUGUCGAAAAUGUAAAUUCAAGGAAGCUGAGGAGGUGUUGGGACAGAUGAAACAAGAGGGAGUGCCCUUGGAUGAGUAUGCCUAUGGUGUGUUGAUUGAUGGAUAUUGUCAAGUUGGUAAACUAGCAGACGCUGCUCGGGUUCGAGAUGAAAUGUUGGAGGUAGGGUUGAAGACAAAUUUAUUUGUUUGCAACUCAUUUAUAAAUGGGUACUGCAAAAAUGGUCAGUUUCGUGAGGCAGAGAGAUUGUUAAUACAACUGAGAGACUGGAAACUAAAGCCGGAUUCCUAUAGUUAUUGCACUCUUGUUGAUGGAUAUUGUAGAGAAGGCCUUACCGGCAAAGCUUUCAGCGUUUGUGAACAGAUGAUUCAGGAUGGCAUUGAACCAAAUGUUGUAACUUACAACACUCUUCUGAAAGGCCUAUCCCGUGUGGGUAACCUUGAAGAUGCUUUGCGAUUUUGGCAUUUGAUGCUAAAGAGGCGCGUGGAUCCCAACGAGAUCAGCUAUUGUACUUUGCUUGAUGGGCUUUUCAAAAUGGGAGACUCUCUUAGGGCUUUAACCCUGUGGAAUGAUAUCCUGGCUAGGGGGUUUACCAAAAGCGCAUAUCCUUUUAAUAUAAUGAUCAAUGGGUUAUGCAAGGUAGGCAAAAUAGUUGAAGCUGAGCAGAUCUUUGCCAGAAUGGUGGAAUUGGGUUAUAAGCCUGAUGGCAUAACAUUCAGAACCCUGAGCGAUGGGUAUUGUAAAGCUGGAAAUGUUGAAGAAGCUCUCAACGUCAAAGAGAAGAUGGAAAAGGAUGCAAUUUCUCCUUCAAUUGAAAUGUAUAACUCUCUCAUCACAGCACUUUUCAAGUGCAGGAAAAUGAAUAAGCUUGUGGAUCUCCUCAGCGAAAUGAAUAAACAGGAGUUAGCACCAAAUAUAAUUACCUAUGGAGCUAUAAUAUCUGGCUGGUGUGAUGAAGGAAGGCUGGAUAAAGCUUUCAGUGCAUAUUUUGAGAUGAUAGCAAGGAAAUUAGCUCCAAAUUUGAUUAUAUGUGGCAAAAUUAUCAGCAGCCUCUACAGUGUUGGCAGGAUAGAAGAAGCAAAUAUGCUGUUGCAGAAGAUUUUCGAUUUCAGUGUUUUAGACCUGAAAUUAUUUGAAACGCCUCAACAGAAUGAUUCUAGACAUUUAGAUUGUGAGAAGAUCGCCGAUACCAUUGAUCAAAAUGGUACGAGUUUCUCUCUACCCAACAAUGUGCUAUACAAUAUUGCUAUUGCUGGGCUUUGUAAGUCUGCUAACAUUGAUGACGCAAGAAGAUUUUUCUCCAGUUUGUUGCAUAGAGGUUUCGUUCCAGAUAACUUCACUUACUGCACUCUGAUUCAUGGCUGUUCUGCUGCUGGUAAUGUGGAUGAAGCCUUCAGAUUGCGUGAUGAAAUGGUAAACUAUGGUAUAGUACCAAACAUAACCACAUACAAUGCCUUGAUGAAUGGCUUAUGUAAAUCUGGAAAUAUGAGUCGAGCACAAAGGCUUUUUGAUAAACUUCUUGCCAAAGGGCUGGCUCCAAAUGUUGUAUCUUACAAUAUUUUGAUAUAUGGGUACUGUAGAUGUGGGGAGACUGAUGUUGCCUUGGAUUUGAAAGAAAGAAUGUUAAACGACGGAAUUUAUCCUUCCACCAUUACAUACUCUGCUCUGAUUAAUGGUUUCUGUAAGCAAGGAGACAUUGGAAACUCUGUGAAGCUAUUGGAUGAGAUGACUGGGAGAUUUGCUGAUCUCAACCUAGCCCCAUUCCACAAAUUAGUUGAAGAUUGCAUUAAGCAUAGAGAAAUAAAGAACAUCUCUAGGAUUAAUGACAUAGCACAUGCCUAUUCAUGUGCUGGUGUUAGUCCUUACAAGCAUAUGAAGUUAUUGGGGAUCUCCGUUGCUGAAUACACACUGAAGGAAAACUCUUUGUAUGGACUUGAAGCUGUAUGUUAAUGGAUGCUUGCUUGUCUUAUGAAUUGUCAAAAGGGUUGAUUUCGACAGGUUUACUUUGUAUCAAACUGUCCUCUUCAAAGGCUGUCAUAAUUACAGAUCGAUAGAAGGCUGUUGAAGUACUCCUGUGAACUUUAUGCCUGUAAGGGGGGCUGUGGUGAGGCAUGAGAAAAUCCACUGGUUCUUCUGUAAGGGGGCAUGUAUUGAACAUGAAGAGAUCAGCUGGUUUCUUCUUGCUGGACAUUUAUAGCUCUGGCCAGUGUUUCUCCAUCGAGAAUCGGAUUCCAACAAGGGCUUACCAACUGAAAUCAGGCCUUUGUGAGGUAUAUUCUACUGUGGUAUCUGCUACUAUGACGAGUCAGUUCAUGGAUUCUCACACAGGCAUAUCGACUCUUAAGACGCUACAAGGUGGUAAUGUUUGGACACUAAGAUGGUGGAUCUCAUUUGGCACAGCAGCAAGGGUGUCAAAGGCUGGUUGGCCAUGGGAAGCUGCGGUCUCGGCACUUGCUGACUCCAUUGGAGUCGCGCACCCUGGGAUCCUCAGCCGCGCAUCAAAUGGUUGUGGAUCGAAGGACGUACGAUCAAACAGCAUCAGCACUACGCCCAUCAGCAUCUUAGCAAAUUUCGUGAUCAUGGCCGGAAAGGGCCACAGGGAACUGAACAUGUUUGCUUAAUUUUGAAAAGAAUGACAAUCAACUCUGAAAACUGCUUUCGGAUAGCUACGGCGCAUCUGAAGUUGAAAGCUCAAUCUGGGGGAGAACCCCAAUCAUAAUUUACUCUUUUUCUAACUGUAGUUGGUGGCAGAAAGGCAUCCCUCAUCUAAUGAAACUAACUUCAGGUUUUCCUUGCAAUUGCAGGCAGCCUUCCUUCAUCCCCCCACUUGGAGAAAGGUUAAAAAGGAUGGCCGAGUUUCUCCCUGUAACUGCCCUUUCAAGUCAUGUUCCUGCAACCUAACAAUCCGUCCAUUGCAUAAGAGAAGUAGCCCGGCUAUUGGAAUCUAUCGGAAGAAAACUGAUUGAUGAAGAAAGGAAGGCGUUUUUUUGCAAACCAAAUUGCUUGUAUGAUCAGCCAUUCUCCUUCUCCUUGGUGGCUUUGACUCUCUUAUUCACGUUUCACGAUCCACAUUGUCAAUUGUAAUAAUCUUGCUGAGCUUUCUUCGAAUACCAUCUUUUCAAGGGCAAACAUGAUUCUUUAGCAAAUGAUGUAAUAAUGCAUGUGUUAAUCCUCCAUGUCACACAUCAAUGUGUGUGUGUUAAUUAAAUUAGCAAGGCAAUUGCUUCAAGCAAAACUGAUGGAGAUUGCUUUGAUAUGUUUUUUUUUCCCUCAGU